GAAAAUUAUUUAGCACACGGACUAUUCAAAACAAAUACUCAGUAUAUUCAUGGACAAAUGAAUACUGUGUUUCACAUACUCUGUUCCAUUCCACAUAUGUUCUCCUUUAUCUGAUUCACUCUUUUCUGCCCAAAACUUUGGUGACUUGUGAGGAACAUUCUUUGUUCAUGCUGAUUUCCCUUCCCUCCAUUUCCCACCUUCAUUUUCGGUCUGAUCCUGAUAGACUUUUGUGUCCCAUCUGUGCUCUUUGUUGUUAUAUUGCCCACACAGCCACCUUCUGUGGUUUCCAAUCCCAUCUUUUCAUUCCCUGGAAACUUUCCUCCUUACGUGACUUUUCUUUUUCUACCCUUACAUGUUAAGUUUGUCAACUUAUUAGAUUGGCAUAUUCCUCUCUGUCUCCUUCUUACCACAAUUUGUUCUAGGUGUUGUCACAUCCAAUAUGGCACCUUACCUUUUCCCUGGCAUCUCAUCUCCAUCAUCUUUUGGAGGAAAUUCUUUAUAUGGGCAUGUGGGCAACACCUCAUCCAUUCAUCUCCCACUACCUACAUUGGAUGGCUAUAUCUUCCUUAUCUGGAUACUGCUUUCCACCUGUUGCCAUCCUUCAAACAUCAAUUUGUAUCUUCUGUCUAUGUUAGAGCCUAACAAGUCAAUAGCUCCAAACAUAAAAGCCUUAAAUAAAACACUUAGAGAUCUUCUAUCUCUUUGGUUCUCUGCUGGCUUCAUGAGAUUACAACGGGUAACAUGGGACUCAUCGUGUGAUAUGCUACAAAAGAUAUCAGAAUAUGAAGCUGUCCAUCCUGUUCGUAGUUGGGGAGAUCUGAAACUCCGAGUUGGUCCAUACCGGCGUUGUUAUGUCUUCACUCACAGUAGCAUGCCUAAGGAGCCAAUUGUUGUUCUUCAUACAGCAUUAACUACUGAAAUAUCAACUUCUAUACAGUCUAUUGUUAAUCAUGCACAUCUUCAGUUGGAGGAAAAAUUGUUUCAGCCUUUGAGCAAGGAUGUUGUAGAAGAUCCUAAAAAUAUUCAUGCUGCUGUCUUUUAUUCCAUAUCUUCAACCCAGAAAGGCUUACAGGGUAUUGAGCUAGGAACUCAACUGAUCAAACAAGCUGUUAAAGAUGUGCUUGCAGAAUUUCCACGAAUUUCCUUGUUCUCUACACUUUCACCUGUUCCUGGCUUUCGAGACUGGCUCUUAUUAGAACUUAGCAAAGAUGAAAGAGGAGCAUUACUGUCAUCUUUCUUUCUGACUGAUGAGGAAUACACCUCAUUAAAAGAUCAUCUGUGCAAAAAUAAUGCUGUUUCUGUGAGGGAACAAAUCUUAGAAAUGCUGAAGUCGAACCAGUGGUUGCAGGAUGCAAACUUAAGUGAAUUACUUAAGGUUCCAUUCAUGAGAUUGUGUGCUCAAUACCUAUAUAGAGAAAAAAGAAGAGGUUAUGCUCUUAACAGUGUAGCUCAUUUCCAUUUACGAAAUGGUGCCUGUAUUUGGAGACUUAACUGGUUGGCUGAUAAGUCUCCACGAGGUCUCACUAGCAGUUGUGGUAUUAUGGUAAACUACAGGUAUUUUUUGGAGGCUACUGAAAUUAACAGUCAGCGUUACAUAGAAAAACAGCAUGUGGAAGCAUCAGAACAGUUCUUACAUCUUCUUGGCCUGUCACAUCAUAAGUCUUCUUUAUAAGAAAUAGUACAAUAUUUCUGUAAGGUAUAACACCAGCUUAUUAAAAGUAUAAUAAAUAUUAUAUGGGAAGGAAAAUCAAGAAGCUUAUAUUUUUAGCUACUCACAUAUAAGAUAAGUCAAUCUUUCCUUUUUAUUUUCAUAACAAUUUAUAUUGCUUUUCUUAAAUGAAAAUCAUUACAUAAUUUUUUAUCCAAGCACAGAAUAUUUUACAGUAGUUUUACUUUGAACCUUCAUUUUUCUAUGUAUAUGAAAGCUUUAUUGAGAUAGCAUUACUCAAAAUACCCUUCUAAGCAACUAUUGGAUACACAUUCACUGUUAAGCAAUAAAAAAUGUUUAGUUUGACUGAAGCGUAAGAAUAUUUCUACUGUAAUUGAAAAUAAAUGUAGUGCUUCUGUGUGUAAACAAAUGAUAAAUUAUUCAAAUACAUAGAUUAACUUACAUUGAGAACUUAACUAGUUUUUAUUAUUAAACAAUCUAGAUUAUACAACUAUUGAAAAUUAGUCCUCUGUGAGAUCACUAUUUGUGUGUUUUUGUGAGUGGUGGUAGUACAUGAUUUUUGAAGUGUUGUGAACAAAAAUAUUGCAUUAUCUAACAUAACAGUUCACAUUUAAAUAAAGUUAAAGAUUUUAAGAUUUAAUAUUGACCUUUAGCUUAAAGUGCAAGGGGUUUAGUAAUCAGUCCUUAUGCAUUAGUUUAAAAUGCUCAAAUACACAGUACUGACUGAUUUACAAGAUGCUGAGCCAAGAUGCUUGAGAAAUUUUAGUUUUGAUUCUAACUGUUUAAGUGAGAUUAUGUUAAAUUUUUAGAAUGAAUAUACUGUUAUAGAUAGAAGUUAUCCAAGAAUAUAUGUAUAUUUUGUAAAUAAAUCACUUCCUUUCUCACACUUUUACAAAAUGAAAGUUUUUUUUUUUUUGCUUAUUUUAUCCUGCCUUAAAAUGUAAAAGUAAACAUACAUUAUUAGAAAGAAUUAUGAUAAAUAAAAAUUUAACCAAAGAUGCUUGUGAUUGCUAAAAAUCUGUAUAUUCUAUAUAUUCAUGUUUUUUUCUCCUUUAAUCAUAAUAUAUAAAUAUAGUAUUUGAUGUUUUUACAUAAUCUCACAUGUAAAAUAUUAUGUUAGUAAUUUUUAAAUCACAGAUCUAACAUUUAUUUCACUUGUAUAUUUACAGGUAUAACCUUGUGAACAAAUUUGAAGUAAAAUAGACUCAAAUCCCCAUAGAAACUUAAAAAUGUUUUGAUCAAAUUAAGAAAUUAAAACACCAUAUAUUCUGCAUCAGCAUUUCUCUUCAAUUUCACCAUUUGGGGGUACUAUGUACUCCAUAUUUUCUGGAGCUACAAAUAUAAAAUAGAAGGUAUAAAAGGUAAAGCAAUCAACUAAGUCUAGUACAUUAAAUUACUCUUAAAAUUUAAUUCUGCCUACCUACCUCAUGAUGUAAUAAAUAGGUUAAAGAUGACUUUGAAAUGGUGGUCCAUGAAAGAGCAGCAUAUGGAGACAGAAAUUUUCAUGUAUGAGUGCUUUAAUUCAUGUACAGAUGUUCGUGAAGGGGACAUUGUUGUAGGUGGACAGUGCUCUGUAUAAUAAUCAUAUUACUUCAGAAGUUACACAAUAAUAGAUUAAAAUAAGAAAAUAAAAUAAUAUAAUAUUAUAUAUAUAUAUAUAUAUAUAUAUAUAUAUAUAUAUAUUAGAAAAUUGAAUGAAGUGUUAAAAUUGGAAGCAUAUGAAAAAACUAAUAAAAUAAUUUAUUGGUUAGUACACCAAUCUUUGGUCUGUUUAAUAAUCAAUUAAAACACCUCUUUCAUUUUGUUUUGUGACAUAAGUUGUUAUAAUAAAGGAGCAUGUAUAAAUGAAGAAUAAAAAUUAAAACCUCUUGUUGUCUA